AUGUCCUCGACUGCCCUGAAGAAAAUGUCUGCGGAGCGGAAGGAGGAGGAGGAGGAGGAAGAAAACAAGAAGAAGAAGACGACGGCGCCGGGACUGACGAUUCACUCCGAAGUGCCGUACACGGAGGAGGAGAAAACGUGUCUGCUAGAGCAGCUCGUAGCUUUAUCACAGGAGCAACAGGAAGGACAGCAUGACGAUGACGACAAGUGGACGCGGACAACAGUCCCUUUAUUGGUGUCGAUGCUCGAGAAGGUGCUGCAGCUUGCCGCAGACAACUACGAAGACGAAAAUAAUAAUAAUAAUAAUAAUAAUAAUAAUAAUAUUAGUAAUAGUGCCGGCACCACCACAACGGCCGCCACGAAUCAGACACCGAAGGGCGGCGGUGCCACCACACUGGCAGCAAAACCCCUGAGCAAGAUGGAGUGCUUUCUUGAGGAGAAUGACUACAUUAUCGAGCAGAUGCAGCAGCAGCAGCGGCCUUUUUUCACUCUACCGAGACUGUUGGAGAUCCUCGCUGACCCUUUUAUUUACAAUAGGGACGCCGCAGGAAAACUGCGUGGAGGGAAACUGCAGGCGGCUUUGAGACGUUGUGUGUUGGUUUCAUACCCGCUGCUCACCGUGCAGUGGCCCUUUACAAGUGAAGUAAACCCUCUGUAG